CUGCCCUGGCCGCCAACAACCCACACCCACCGUUGACUACUCAAGUGCUCCAUGCCCUCUGCAGGCCACAUCCUAAAGCCUGUCUUAUCCUCACCCGACCUGACGAUGCCACUGUCCUGUGCGGAACCCUACCAUGUCCAACUGAUCACCUCCCACACACCUUUCCAAUCUCCUUCAUGUUCCGUUUGAGCAAUGGUCAUAUCUACGACUCCAUGACUUCGCCAGACCCUCACCUCUCUGCUCAUUCUGUCGCUGAACACACUUCUUCACCAGGGCAUUCCUCUAACCGCGAGGUGUCCCGCCCGCCUAAUCACUCCCACAGCAAUUCGACCAGUCUUGUACACACCAAGAGUAGACGUUCUCUGGCGUCGCUAGCCAGGGAAAAGACCUCCAACGCCUUUGCCAAUCUCACCGCCAUAGCGAGCCCUUCCUCACCUGCUUUGCGGUCUGCCACCUCCUCCAGCAGCCUCUCCAAGCAGCCCUCCUACACUACCUCCCGUCCCAGUCUUUCUCGGUCGCCGACAUCCCCAGCCGACCUACCGAACACAUCCUUGUCGCAGUCGCGAAGAGUCAGUGGAGUCGCUCAAACUCCCCAAGAGCCACGGAGCAGUACGACGGUUCCUCCAAUGCCCACCACGGAUAAGAACAAUGGAAGGAUGCAUCAAACUUCGUCAAAGAUCCUACGCAUGACCGAUGAUGAGCGGCCCUUCACUCGAGAUUUCAAAGAUCUGUUUUCGACAUUGAUCACAAGUCUGCCGCUUACACCGCACAGAGUUCGUUUCACCAGGGUCGAAGAGACAUUCUUGUCAGAAGAAGCCAUCACCAACCUUGGGUCGCUCAAAUUUUCGCAGUCAAAUCGAAUACCAGAUCCCAAGAAUCCAACGAGAUGGGUCGUCACCACCACUACCACCACAUUUUCUAUGGCCAAGGAAAUGGCACGUUCGGUCUGUCAACGCUUCGUCGACGCUCGCAUGAUUGAAUCUGCCGAAUCAAAGACCAACACCACCUUCGUCACAAAAGGGGCCGUGUGGCAACUUACACCUAAGGGCGUCGCCAUCCUGCAGAGGUUUUGUGGGCGAAAUGGUAUCAAUGCUAGGCAUAUUGAGCCUCUACUCAAACGCAGCCCCAUGCAGAUUGUCGCACUAGAACGAGAUGCCACCACUGAUAAACUCGUCCAGGACCGUGCUACGGUAGAGAUCAUCUUCCGACGGUUCAUGGGUUUUGAAGGUCCCAAUCUCAAAAGCUCAACCUCUCUUUCCGACUCCGACUCGGUCUCGGAUUACGCCUCGGGUAUGGUUGGAGUCAAGAUGGCCAAGGAACGACGCGUGCUUGACAAGAAUGUCGCAAACACCUUUACUGGCAAGGCUGCCUCGGACUGGCUUCUCGAUUGUUGCACGACAAUCGAUCGGCGGGAAACAUAUGAGAUGGCCGAAUUAUUUGUGAAGUGGCAACUCAUCCAGCCCGUUGUGGAAGACCGAUCCUACGUUCGCAUGAACCCCAUGGCUACCUAUUUCCAACCCACCAAAUUUGCCAUCUACACUCCCACUGAGCGAGGCCAACGCGUCUGUGGUUGGAUCGCACGACCACCCAGCGUCAACAGCGAAGACAGCCGUGAUACAAAGGACAAAUCACGAUCAGUCCGCGAUUCCAACGUGAGCAGGCUCAAUGUCAUCCUUCAGGACGCCGCUCUUCGUCUGUUGUUCCGCGAGUUCCUAAGACAGUCCCUUUGCGAGGAGAAUCUGCAGUUCUACUUUGACGUCCACGACUUCACCACCUCAUAUCGAUCACUCGAGCAAGGAGGAAAGCUCGACCGGCCAGACUCUGUAAGAGAGACCUUGGCAGCUGCCUACGGACUGUACAAUUCUUUCCUGGCCUCUGGUGCUCCUUCCGAACUCAACAUCGAUCACUCUCUUCGCAACCGCCUCGAUAGUCGCAUGAUCAGGACCAACACAGAUGACGACUCGAUGCGAGAGAGUUUAGCGGAUGUGGUGGAACUCUUUGAACUGGCCCAGGCUGCCGUCUUCAAACUCAUGGCCAGUGACUCCGUACCAAAAUUCCUACGUGACCCAAAACAUGCAAGCGUUCUUCGAGAGCAUGAUGUCGACUUGAUCGGUGGCACCCGUGCCUUAUCACCCGCGACCGAUCGACUCAGCCGCUCCAACACCGGACGCGGCUGAGAGGACGACUUUGAACCAAUUUUUUCAUGUGACGACAUCAAAGGUGGCCUCACCCAAUUGAAACAUCGUUCUUUGUGGUGCAGACUGGCCUCCCUGAACAUACUAAUCAACAAAUCUCUCUCCCGAAGACCAUGUACAAAAGUGACAUUCCUUCUUCGACAUGCGGGCGAGGUCUCUACUCCCAUACUCAUUCGAGAUCACACUGCCACAUGUCUACAAAGACAUUGGCUGAGAGCGGGUCUUAACCUGUCCGGUGAUUUAACAUUCUUACAUGCAUCGGUUUUGCAUAGCGUGGUCAAGCGGACAUCCAGGUCAAUUUUUGACCAAAUUUUACAUUUAAACGGCGCAACCCAUCCAGAUUUUUUGCAUUUGCAUUGGAAAGAUACCCUCGAGGAGGAAGCGAGACACGGACGGUAGGUGGGCUUCGGGCGGAAAAGGAGAGAAGCAUGCAUAAAAUUCGAGGCCUCUCAAGCGAGGGCUCUUGCAAGCGUCUCACACACGGAUCAACGUUGUGGGACUGUUGUAAAUAUGGUGAUGGAUAUACGAAGAGCAAUGUAUUUGGCUGUUACUGCUGUCAACACCAUGGAUGAGCUUUACAUAGCUAUGCUUGCACCAUUGGGGAUCGAGCUCCUUGGACAUCGACUUGGAUUGUAUAGUCCCCAAAGUUUUCCAAGUGCAAAUAUUUCAGAUCUUGAUCUUUACUCUAGGUAGCCUCAAGAGUCGUUUGCAAUCACGACCGAAGAGAGUAUGGAUUAUCAGAACAUAGCCAGAAACGCAUUAUUACUCCC